AGUCUCAAAAGCCUGAAAUUGACCUCAUUUGCUUCAAAGUUCAAAGUAACAAAAAAUCAAACACUUCGCACGCACUGACUAGUGACCAUGGGAAACACACUGCAAAAACUCGGCCAAAAUCAUUCAGAACAAAACCAAGAACACGAAUUGCAAGUGACAGAAUUACCAGGUGAACCUCAAAAUUUCACCUGCGAAAUUUGUAUCGAGCCUAUGUUGUUACCCAACAAAAAAUUCAAGAACCAAAAUCUAUGUGUUCAUCCAUUCUGUACCGACUGUAUCAUUAAGUAUAUCACAGUCAAGCUAGAUGACAACAUAGGAGACAUUCCAUGUCCUUCUCUAAACUGUAAGAACUUUUUGGACCCAAUCUCUUGUCGGAAUCUUGUGGGUCCAGAGCUAUUUGUUAAAUGGUGUGACGUGUUUUAUGAGUCGGCUGUUUUAGGGUUGGCGCAUUGUUACUGUCCGAAUCAGAAUUGUUCUGUUUUGAUUUUGGAUGAGUGUGGUGGGAAUGCUAAGCGGUCAAAGUGCCCAAAUUGCAAAAGCUUAUUUUGUUUUCAGUGCAAGCUUCCAUGGCACGCUGGGUUACGCUGUGGGGAACUGAGGGAUGAAAACGACGUCGCGUUUCGUGUGCUUGCUAAGCGUAAAAAGUGGAAGAGGUGUCCUAAGUGUCGCCACUUUGUUGAACUCGUUGACGGUUGCAAAUCUGUCCGCUGCAGGUGUGGUGCCAAAUUCUGCUACAAGUGCGGAGGACGAGUUUAUGGUCGGGACUGGUGUGCCCUCCUUAUUUGGGACUAUUGUUGUCCUUGUAGUAGAUCGUCUAAAAACUAGAUUUGCGUACAAACAUUUAUUUCUAUUAUUUUGAGGUUCAGUUAGAAAUAUUAGAAUAUUAGAGUACACUUGAGGUAGAGGAAACUGCAUAAACAAGAAAACAUA